AUGCUUCCCACAGUCCUCCUCCUGUCCACAAUCCUUACAUCUACCAUAACCGCCGGCUUCCCCAACCUAUUAGACGAACUUUUCUACAUCCGCAUAGACGAUUUUAAAGACGCAAUGUUGACGACCCACAACCGGUUCCGGUCCGAAUACUCUGCCUUUGACCGGAAAUGGAACGACACACUCGCCGAGUCGUCAACCUUCUACCUCGACGAGGUUGCCAUUUCGUUAGAUUGCGAGUUUGAACAUUCGGAUGCCACACCUAUCCCUGCCGGAAACGAAGGGUUAGAGACAUCGCCAAAGACAAAGCCUUCAUUGGAAGAGCUUGAUACACUCUCCCGCCAGCAGCGCGGUGAAGACCAUGGUUAUUUUGUGGGACUGCCCGAGGGACAUUCCGGGGACAAGAUGUUUGUGGAGGUAAUCACACGGAAGAAAAAUAUUCCCCCGGGUUCACGUCCACCGAGGCCUCCUAAGUCCGCCAACAAACCCGUCCAGAAAACGGCUUCUGAAGGCGACACCCCUUCCGGCUAUGUGGGAAGGCCCCUGGAGGCUCCGUAA